AUGGGCACAAGAAGCGACUACUCCAAGGUACCUCACCAGGACCAGGUUGACAGCCUCUCAACCACGCCGUCCACGGAGAACUACAAACCCAGCGGCACGGCAUCUGUCGACGCACAUGAGGCCGUUGCCGUUGCCGUCGUCGGCCACCGCCACAGCAGCAGCAAAUGGUCACAGCUGAGGAAUGACUACUGGUUCGACGAGGUUGCCAGCUUAAUCCUCGGGAUCGUCGCUAUUGGGGCGAUCUGCGCCGUCCUCGCGACCUACGAUGGACAACCUGCGCCUCGCCUGCCGCAUGGCAUCACGCUGAACGCCAUCGUGUCUUUUCUCGCGACCAUCGCCAAAGCGUGCUUGCUUGUCCCUCUGGCGUCGGUGAUCGGUCAAGGGAAGUGGCUGUGGUUCCUCAACAGUCACAAGCUCGGAGAUAUACAAACAUUGGAUGCGGCCAGCCGUGGCCCCAUGGGCGCCGUACAAAUGCUCACGACUCGACGGGGAGGCUUCCUCGCUUCCAUAUCAGCCGCGGCGGUGUUGCUCUCCGUCGGAUUCGAUGCGUUCGUCCAGCAACUGAUCACCUACCCUUUGCGACAAACCUCGCAGCAAUCCGACCUCGCCCGGAUACGGACCAUGGUAAAUCAGUCGACCUCGUCCAUCAACUUUCUGGAUCUCCCCUUCUGGUCCGCCGUCCAAAGCGGGAUUUAUGACGGCCAGUCGAGCCCGCGUUCGGUCCCCUCAUGUCCCCAAGGGAGCUGUGAGUGGCCCGUCUACCACUCGCUCGCGUUCUGCAGCAAAUGUGUCAACAUGACGGACCAUGUCACCAUGACCACGGAACCGGGAUCCCUGGUGCCCUUGAACGCCAGUCGCAUCAUUGAGCAGUAUGUGCCGUACAUCUCGGCCUAUACACUGGCAACCGAUGGCAAUCAAUCAGUCGUCGUGCUGCGUAACCAAUCGGUCCAAUUCCCAAACGGCGUGCCGGGCCAGGUCAUCUUUUCGGUCGAUGUCGACGGGCCCGCCAUCUACAAUGAGAACGGCACGGCGGAGAUCCCGAACUCAUGCGGCCUAGACAUGAAUUACACCACUGGCCUGGUCUGGCCGCUCAACAUCCCCGACCCGGCGCAGCUGGACUUGUUCGAGCUCGGACCGAACACCUGGCUGGGUGGCACCUACGCCGGCAUCAAGAACCCCCUGCUGGCCCUUGGCAGCAUCAGCAUGUAUUGGAACACCGACGGCACACAAGUUGAGUUGAAGUCCGCCUCCGAAUGUGCAUUAACCCUUUGUGUGAACGAGUAUCAAACCAAAGUCAACGGCACGACAGUCACGUCCUCGAUCCUGUCGACCACGUAUGGUGAAGUCCAAGCCCACUCAGGCCUCGGGUACGCCACCUGGUCCGCCGAGGUCAACGGAACCACCUACUUUCUCGGCGACGGCAUCAACUUCGCCCCCAACGACCCCAACGGCGCCGGACAGGACGGCGAGCAGCUCACGGGCAUCAUCCAAACGAUGCUCGACGUCACCGUCGGGAACAAGUACUACAUGGGUCACCUCGACUGCACGGUCGACCAGGACAACGCGACCAACAGGACGGUCGUGACCGAGUGCUACGCAGAAGACGAGUUCGACGGCACGGUAUACUCGUCGACCGAGAUGCAGAUUAUCGACACCACCCCUCGCGGCGUCGAGGCUAUGCUUGAAAACAUCGCCGCCGCCACGACCGACCUGUUCCAGCGCUACGGCAACGUCGACGUCACGGGCUCUGCGGUGGGGGCGGAGAACUUUGUCCAGACCCGGUGGUGGUGGAUUUCGCUACCCGCAGCCGUGGUGGUGAUGGCGAUGGUCUCGCUGGCGGCCACGAUGUACUCGACCAAGCGGCGCGGGAUUGGGAUCUGGAAGACGGCUCUGUUGCCGAUGGUGUUCAGGGGGCCCUUUGUGGAAGAUGGUAUGCGAGGAGGAGGAGUUGGUGGUGGCGAAGGGAAGAUCGCAGGGGGACACGAUCUUGGUGGGGAUGGGGAACGCCUCAGCACAAUGAAGAGCGCUGCUGAGGUGGUCAAUGUGGAAUUGCCUCACGACUCCCCAAUCCUGUACCUCAUCCGUCACGGCGAGAAGCCUCCCAAGGAGGCCGACGGCGACGACAGCCCCGGUCUUUCGGCCCAAGGCAUCACGCGCGCCCAGGGGCUCGUACAGGUCUUUGGUCACGACAGCCCGUACAAUAUUGGAUACAUUAUUGCGCAGAAACCCAAGUCCGAUGGCAGACAAACCCGCCCGUACUUGACGGUGUCGCCCCUCGCUCAGUCUCUCCAGCAAUACAACGUCCCCUUCAACUACACCAUCGAAAGGGACCACGUCGGCAAGGUCGCCGACGCCGUGCACGAUUACAUCAAGGGCAAAGGCGACUAUAUCGGCAAGGGGAAUGUCCUGAUCUGCUGGGAACAUGAGACGUUGGAGAAGGUUGCGGCGGCCAUCGGCGUGCAGGACGUGCCGGACUACCCGGGUAAAAGAUUCGACAUCAUCUGGACGAUAAAGGCCCCGUAUGACAAGAUUGACAGCAUCACGUCGGAGGAUGUGCCAGGGCUGGACAAUCACUCGGCAACUCCGUCCUGA